GAUGGCGGACAACAGGGAGUCUUUCUUGGUCGAUUUAUCCUAUGCAGAAAAUGUAAUUUUCAAUAAUCUAUGGAAGCAAAAACAAAAUAAUAAUUUCUGUGAUGUUAUUAUCAAAGUCUUUAAUCAUACUGAAAGCGCUCAUGGCAAUCUACUGGCAGCUACUUGCAUCUACUUUAAAGAUUUCUUUUCUGAGGCUGAUCUCUCACUAUUCGCUCCCUCGAGCCCGCAAAUUUUACAAAUUCAUUCAGAUUCUUGGGACGUAGAAAAGUCUCUACAGUAUGAGGAGGGUCUUGCAUCAUUAGUAGAAUUUUUAUAUAGAGGUCAAUUACUGAUUAGUUCAAAAAAUGUUGGAAUCGUUUCAGAGUUAGCUGGAAUUCUCGAAUUGAAACAUAUUGUAGACUUUUGUAGGAGCUUUGAAUCUAAUGAGCAACAUCCUCAAAGAUGUAUUUGUAAGGGAAACAAUCUUUUUGAUACUAUCACAAAAACGGUUGAUGCUGCAACUGAUACAAAUGAUGAAAACGGUUUGCCUUUAAAGUCUGUUGUUGAGUUGGGAGUUGUACCAGCAAGAAGAAAGAGAGGCAGGCCAAGGAAAGGAGAGGAAGUAAAUCCAAAACUUGGAGUAGGUCGAGACGAUGAAUCAGAUAAAGAUUUUAAAAUAAACGAUAAUCGCAUCGACUGCGAUCAAAUUGGCACAAGAAGAAGCUCUAGACGCCAUAAACCAACUAUGAAAUCAAGUAGUGAAGAAGAAGUUAAUAUUAAAGAAGAACCCGUCCUAAGAUAUAGAAGUGAGGCAGCAGAAAUCAGUAUUGAAGAGAUUGACGAUCCAUCAUUAAGAAAAAUCAAAUAUCAAUGCGAAGAAUGCUCAUUUGUGUGCGAGAAAAGAUAUGAUAUGGAUGAGCAUAUGCGGCUUCAUAUUAUCGACACAAAUAAGUGCCCAUUUUGCUUCGCUGACUUUUCAUCUGUUGAUGAAGUAAAACAACAUUUAGCAGACAAUCAUAAAGGCCCUGAUAGAUUCCAGUGCCGCGAAUGUUCUACUUGUUUCCCUACAAUUAGACGAUUACAAUUGCACUUGCCUAAACACUCAUCUAAUCGCCCAUUCGCCUGUGAAAUUUGCAAUUCAGCAUUUAAGUGGAAGCAUCAGCUAAAAGUUCACUAUAAAGUUCAUAGCGGUGACAAACCUCAUUUAUGCGAUGUUUGCGGCUACGCAACAGCUUAUCCCGCCCAACUAAGAGCUCACUGUCUAGUUCAUUCUGGUAAAACAUUAAGGUGUCCAGUUCAAGAUUGUAAUUUUCAGACAAUAAAAAAACAAAAUUUAAGUGGACACAUGAAAACCCACUCAAAAGAAAAGCCAUACAUUUGUGAUAGUUGUGGACAAUCGUUUUCCUUACAAAAGAAUCUCAAGCGACACAUGUACGUGCAUACAAACGAAAGACCCUAUUUUUGCUCGAUUAAAGACUGCGAUUUCUCUUGUACAAGAGCAGAUAAAUUGAAAGAACAUGAAUUUAGAAUACAUCGUAUUGGAAAAGCUCCAAAUCCAAGACCAAAAAUAUCUGAAUUGGUCGCGAAGGACAAUAUUACGAAAACGACUGUAAAGGAUCUCGAUUCAGUUGUUGCACCACUUACAUGCGUUCCCGAAGGAAGCGUUAUUCAUGUAUUCGAUCGGGAUAACGUACAAGAUACUCCAGUAGUUUAUAGGGUAGAGGAGGAAAGUAUGAAUCAUGCUUCUACUUCAAAAGAAGAGCAUGAAGUCAUGUUUGAUAAUCUUUAA